CGGCGUUUGUUUACUCUAGUGGAGGAGGAUUUCCACGAGAGCAACCGCUCCCUCCGUACGAUAUAUAGAGCUGCCGUCCCUCUCUCCUCCAGCUUUUCUUCCUCUAUACUAAAUCAAUUUAACUCCACUUCUACAAUAAUUUCUUCUUUCUUUCUAACCACACUCGUACGAUGCCGCCUAAAGCGCAACCACCCCCUCGCGGUAUCUGGGCCAACGCAAACACUAACAGUUUGCAGUUUUGCACUGGCGGUGGCCCUAAUAACAACAUCAAUAACGUGGCCAACCAAAUCUUCGAUGCUGCCCAUCGAGCUCUGACUCGUACGACGCCAGGCGCUAUACUGCCAACUUUCAACAUGCUGGGCGCUGUCGACUUAAACGAGUAUCGUGUCUAGUUUGUCUUCGAUUAGCGCGUCGCAGAUGAGCUGCGCCGUGUUUACGCG